AUGGCGGACGUACUGGAAAGAGAUGCAGGAUUUUGUUCGGGAGGAGAUGAGGAUGACGUGGAUGGAGAAGAUGAUAUACAUUCGCCGACGGAUGCGAGCGAAGACAGCGUCGAUGUUAAAGUUCAAGCCAUUUCGUUUAGAAAUCGUAAUAAAAGAAAAUGCGCCGAACCGAGGAAAUUGGAUUCGGAACUUCCGGCGAAAAAGAGAAAAAUGAAAGAUUUAACAUUGACGAGAGAUGAUGAUGAUGAUGAUGACGUUCGCGAACCCUCAAAUUCGAGUCCUUUUCGUCCUUGGAGUACCAGUCCUCAAUCAUCGCCGUCACAAUCGCAGCAAAGAAUGGAAACUUCCGUAAAUCGCAUAAAUUUAAAAAGUGACGCGUCGGUUAGGACUAAAAAUUCAAAUACCGGAAACGGUGACAAAAAUGUACUAAACGUGAUUCCAUUGUCGAGAUUAACCGAAUCGGACUCUUCGGUACCCGUCGGUGGUUGUUGCCAACCUGUUAAUGAAAGAUUAGACGAACCUUUAUCGUUGGUGUCGAAAAGAAAAGAAGAAAACAAUAAUGUUAAAGUGCCAAUAAAAUUUAGUUUUAAAAAUAAAAAUUAUUCGCCGGACGUGCGAUUGUCGUCGGUGCCUUCGUCGAAAUCCUCGAACCUCGCGUGGAACGUCGGAUCACAAAAAGCCGACGAAACGAACGCGACGGAAUGGGAAUCGACGGAACGUAAAAGUUACCUAAUAAACAGAGUGAACAAAUUAACAAACGGGAAAAAGGGGGGUGGAGAUAAAAAGACAAAAACGGAUGUGAAAACGAAAAUGGAAGAUGUCGCGAACGUGAGCGGGAAUUGCAAUCAGAGUGAUAACAAAUUUAGAAUAGACAGUUUGUUGUCGUCGUCGUCGUCGUCGUCGCCUUCGUCGAGACCAGAGGGAACGUCAUCGUCGAUCGCAUCCACAUCGAAAUCAUCUAGUCAAGAAAGAGGAACCUUAGGUGGUGGACAUCAAAGAAAUUAUAAAAACAUGACGAGAGAAAGAAGAAUCGAAGCGAACGCGAGAGAAAGAACGAGAGUUCACACGAUAAGCGCCGCGUUCGACACGCUCCGACAUUCAAUACCCGCAUAUUCGCACAAUCAAAAACUAUCGAAAUUAUCCGUAUUGAGAAUCGCGUGUUCUUACAUAAUGACCCUAUCGAGGCUCGCGGGAUACGAUUACAGUAAAAAUCAAUCCGAACCCGAUUUAUCCGAUUGCGUGGACAACGUGUCGAAAACGAUACAAACGGAGGGUAAAAUAAGAAAAAAAAGAGAAGAUUAA